CAGUUCGAUAUUCGAUUGAACUAGCGCCUUCACUCCAGUCGUCCUGGUAACCACUUUCCAAUAAUUCUAAUGCAGUUGGUAUAGUCGGGCCCAGGCACUGCUUUGCUUUUGCACAACCCUUAUAAGGGAUGUUUAAGUGAGAGGAUAGCCACCGACCCCUCGACCGAAACAAGCAGGAAGACAGAUUUUGAUAAAUUACGAACUGAUUCUACAACAGGCACAGAUGUUUGUAUUACGCUGACCAUCGACCGUGCAUCGAAAGUAACAUCCCCACGGCUUCAUCAUGAACAACAUUAGCAAGAUAACGGAAAAGGUCCACCACAUGCUCGGCAAAGCCUACGAGACCCUAUGCUGCACAGAUGGCUGCUGCGACCGAUGCCUCGGCCUUGGGGAGAAGAAGAAAACACUUACCAAAUCGGACAUCCAGUACACGUUCAAGCAACCAUGCGCCCGGAUCAACUCGGACACAGACAGUGUUCUCAGCUAUGGGACUGGCCGUGAGCGGAUUGACUCGGACAACUCCGCAAAAGAUUCUAUCUGCUCCCAAGACUCAUUAGCGAACAGACGAGCCGGUACGACCCCCGUGAUUGACAUGAAGCCUAUCGAGUUUUGGACGGCUAAUAGGGAGACCAUACAGCCACGGACACCACGCAUGAGGCUGUCAAGUGAGACGGAAAGCAUCACCAACAUUAAGCCGGAUUUGUACGAAUCUCCUAGCGGAACUCCCACCGAGGAAUGCCUGACGGACGAAGAGAAACUAGCGCGGUUCAAACUCGGCCAGAUUCAUUUCAGCUUGCAAUACGAGAUCCCCACCAAGACAUUGAUUGUCAAGAUCAUUGAAGCACGUGACCUCCCGGCCCCUUUUUGCAUGGAUGAGAGUAGACAAGACAUGGCGCACUCGAAUCCAUACGCGAAAAUCUCUCUCCUGCCCGACUCUAAAAACUCAAAGCAGACGUCAGUGCAGAAAAAGACGCAGGACCCCUGUUGGGGAGAAAUCUUCUCCUUCGAGAUACCGUUCAAGGAAGCGGGUAGGCGGACCCUGGAAAUUAUCGUGAAAGACUUUGAUAAAUACAGCCGCCAUUGUAUCAUCGGGCAGGUUCAUCUGCCGCUGGCCAACGUCAACAUAAUCAAAGGAAGACACAUGUGGAAGCCAUUAAUGCCGUCUAAUAAGGAUAGACCAGACCUCGGCGAAAUCCUCCUGUCCUUGAAUUAUCUACCCAGUGCAGGCAGGCUGAACGUUGAUGUCAUCAAGGCAAAACAGCUCCUCCAAACAGACAUGGUCGGUGGUUCGGAUCCCUUCGUCAAGAUCACAUUGGUCCAUUCUGGCAAACCAGUGAAGACCAAGAAGACGUCGUGUAAGAAGAACAACAUUGACCCAGUCUUCAACGAAUCUUUCAGUUUCAAUGUCACCCCGGAGAACCUUGAGCACACCAGUGUCGCUUUGUCAGUCUGGGACUAUAAUAGCAAGAGUCGGGAUGAUUUCGUGGGGAGGAUUGUCCUUGGCCGCUACGCAACAGGUCCGCAUGAGACAACGCAUUGGAACCGCAUGCUGAAUUCUUUACGGUCGCCUGUCGCCCAGUGGCACUCGCUGAGAUCUCGCGAGGAGUGCGAUCAGGUGUCUGCUGCGUCCAUCAGCACGAUGUGAACCUCGCCUCCCAGGCUACAAGGGUUGAUUUCAACAUGUAACGAGGAUUGACGCAGAGUUGAAGCUGGCAACUGAGGUUAAAUACGAAAUGAUGGUUUGAGGUUACUUAAGGUAAACACGAAAUGAGACUUUAAGGUCGAAUCAGAAGUAAUCGAGUUUAAGAUUAAACACAAUGAACCUUUGGAGGUUAUGAAUGGAAGCAUGAUCGACCAAAUAUGGAGUAUUGGACAGAAUAGCUGACCAGAUACUAAGGUGAGAUCGAUGAAAUUUAGUACCAAGGAUAAUCCAUACUUGAUAUUAGGCCUACUUAGAUAACUAGAAUAUGCAGUUAUGAGGUGUUGUGAAAGGAAUAUCGUCUCGUGUUAAUCGUAUACAUCAUAAAAAGUGUCACUUACAUAAGUAAAAGAAGAAACACCAAUGUCAUGGUCAUCUGAGGCCGACCGGCCAUACAAGGUUAUGAUAGACUAUCCUUCAAAUAAAAUAGACUAUCCUUCAAAUAAAAAAAUAUAUCAGCUAAAGAUGUCUAUUGGUCUGAUUGAAAGUAUGAUUAGAAACCGUCUUGUUGAACGCUGGACAUGAGCAUAGGGUUGCCUAGGCUGAGAGGUUUUGAAAGAAGGGUUUGCCUAAUUCAGUGUCUUUAGUAAUUCUGCUUAUUUCAUAGCUCAUUGUUGUUAUACAUCGAAGACAGACACUGAUUUACGUGUCUUACGUAUGCUGGUCAAAAGUCACAAAAUUGUUUUUUAAGAGCAACAACUUUUUAGAUAGUUUUAUUUUUACUUUUUUUGCUGGUAUAGAUAUAGAUCUAGUAUCUUUUAUCGCACAAAUUAUGCCCUGCCUGAUUCUCUAAACCAAAUUGCUAUGUACAUGUCUUUGAAUAUGUGGCUUAGUCCUGGUCAGUUGGCUUUUAUAAGCGACCGAGACCUUGUAUGGUUUCGAGGAGGAAAUAAUUGGGCAAUUAACAUGUAUAUAUAUAUUCAUAUUUUUUCCCAGGGUUUCGAAAUAAAACUUUUAGUAGUAUAUUAUAUGCCAAGUAGUUUUGCUUUAAAACGAUCAAUAAAAACGCAAUUUUGAUAGUUUAAUAUGAUGACAGAGUUGUGUACGUUGAAUGUUAGUUAGAAAUAUGUACCUUUUGGAGACAAUCUGUAACCUCAUAUACUUCACAUACAUAGAUGUAUUUAUUUGUUAAAUGUGACGUCCAUACAAAUUUGUUUAAUCACUGACCAUAUUUCAAUGAUGUAGUAUUGUAGAAAGUAAACCACGUUUUUCUUGAUCGGAUAUCUCAGUCCGUAACCAGAAGCGCUGACUUCGUUCCAGACCUUACGCUUUAAAAUUUCGUCACUCUGCGGGAGACGCAUAAUUUUGUCGUGACAAUUCUUUUACGAACCACAGAGGUUCAUCACGUGACGUCACGCCGUGACGUUUUGACGGCCACCUGCCAAUGCAUUUCCUUUAUGUCGUGACCACGUGUGACGGCCAAUAUGGCAGUGCAAAACAAUUGGCAAGUUCAUCAUGUGCCGUCUAUAGUGCUAUAGAACCUCUAUAUAGUGAUAUAGAGCGGUGAUUUAAUAACUGCAGUUUCCCGAGAAAGUCAAAUCCGGCAUUAGUAAUUAACUCAUCUAGUGCCCUCCUUCACUUGUUCAUCCCAACCGUGUAUCACAUCACUAUCCCAUAUAAUUAAAGCUCUAUUUUUUUGAAGAAGUUUAUUUUUGAGACACUCACAAUAUGUAUUUGUGGAAAUAGUGAUAAGAGAAAGUUUCUGUAAAUAAAUCAGUUGACUCUGUUGUGAAUUAAUUGUACAUACAUUGUAUUCUUGUUGUGUGCGAAAGCACGUUGUAGAUGGAAAAUAGCUCGCCCACGUUUGAACAAGAAUAAUGCAUACAGCACAAACCUAAACUAUUAAAAUAAAUAUUAAAAUAACAUUAAAAUAUCUUAGGAAAAAGCACCGGAUCAAAGAUAAGAUAAAAGACAGUCUUCGGGUUGUCGAUUGUCGAAGGGAUAGAGGAACGUUUGUGAAAUCAAGUAAUUUAACUUGGGGUACGGCCUUUCGUAUUUAAUCUUAGGCCAGGAAAAUAGAAAUGCAGAUGUACACAAUGCUGUAGUGCAGUUAUCAUGCACGCAACUUUGCCGAAAUGAGGUACAUUUGUCGACCUACUACAUGUAUAUGUGUACGGUGCUGUGUUAAUCAUUCUGGGAAUCUAGGGGAUGAAUGGUAUUUGUAUAUUUGUCUUAACAACGGCAAUGUUGAAAUUUGCAUUCAGUAGGUAAUUUACAAGAUUGGAAAUUUUAAAAUUCAAUUAAAAAUUAAAAAUUUGUAAUCGACGGCGUGGACCUUUAAAGGUUACUCCCACUAAGUUUGCCGAAAGUAACGUCAUCAUAUCAUCUCCGAAGAGAUCGAGCGGGGAGAACGGUGUCUAUUUUGUAGUGACAUUUAUUGUGUAGUUUUUACAGAAUCUCUGGAGUUUUGUAUGACGUACACAUGUAUAUAAUAUUAUGGUGUAGAUAGUGUCCGAUUAUGAACAUAUCAAAGACAGCUAAAUAAGAAAGCUCAAUAUUAUAUCAUUUGUCCUGAGCGUUGGGCUCAUUGUAUUUGUAGCAUUUAUGGACAAAUUGCUGUUAUUUCUAGAAAUAAAUGUUGUAUGCCUGUACAGCUAGGGUGUCAAUCGAAGAAGUCCAAUGAAAAUUCAAGUGACCAGCAAUUCAUAAAGGGCGUUUAAAUUAAAACAACGUUUAACUACUGAAUAGACAGAUUCAGGUCCUUGAUGGCAAUCUUCACAUAAUAUGAAUAGGCCCUGAAACUGAUUAGAGAAAAGUUACACGCGUCUAACCCUUAAAACGCCCUUUAUGAGUUCGGCAGUGAAUUGAUUAAUACUUUAUACGCACUUUCCAUGAUACCCUUUGUAUAGAUAUAUUAUGUAUGAUUUGUAAUGUUUUGUGCAAUUUCAAAGUGAUCCUACAUGUUAGGCCUAUAGGGACAGCAUCAUUUUGCAAAAUUCAGGCUAAUGAAAAUCAAAUAUUUUGAACUUCAAUGUAGAGAAUCCGAGUGGUAAUUACAAAAAUCAUAUGGUAAUUUAAUGAAGCAGACCAUCUCGUUCUUUAUCUAUACUUCCCACCGAAUGCAUUCAAUAACUUGCCCAUCUUGUCUGAUUUGAUUGAUAACGUUUUUUCCCUUAAUGCCCAUGGUUGUGAACUGUAGACGUGAAGAGCUGUAAUAAAGUUGAUAUAUUCGUA